AGCGGGUGGUUAGUCAUCAGUGAACAAUUCCCAGUUCUCAGAAACCGGUAUUUAAACUACUAUUUAAGCGUGAUACACCAGAGAUGGUUCACUUUGGGCAGAGUGAUUACUCUAAGCUGGUAUAAGGAAUAAAGUCCCAUCAAGAUGGCUGGGAUCGAAUUCCUGAUAAAAGAACUAAGACUGCUACAGCAGGAAGCAAGGUACACACUCUUGGAUCAGCUAAAUUUUGCACUCACAGGAAUAAAUCCUGAAGACAGAGGAAAAGUAGAGGAGAAGAAGAAAGAAAUUCUGGUAUUUUGUAAGGCAGAAACGGAAAAGACGCUUUGCAAUCAAGAUCAGCAAGAGAUCGGAGACUGGCUGGAUAAAAUAGCCGAGACUGGUGUCAAUAGAGAGGCCCGGGAAAAGGUUUGGUUCAAGUACGCCCAGCAGGUAUAUUGGAAUCUGGAAGAGUUUAACAAGAACAAAAAUAAAAUGAAGUUGCAAACGGAUGACAUUUCAGGUAUUUUCAAGCCUCCUAACGACCUCUUCUUGACUGCCUUCCUCCUGCUGGGAGAAAACCAAUCUGAACUAAGUAAGUGGCAAGAGAUAUGGACAAAACUGAACCAAACAAACGCUAAUCAACUGCUUGAAAAACUAACAAAAUUUGACGACUCUGUGCUCUCUGGAGAGCAGUUGGAUCUUGCCGAAAAAACGUUCAUGGGAUGUAAUGGACGUUUCCACCAGUGUGAUUUCCACAAGAGACUUUAUGAAUGGUGUUUUACCAGGGUGGCCUGCUUCCCGUUUCUGAGAAUGAUGCGCUUUUUCAACACAUAACAUCAUAUCACAUCUUUAGAUCACGUGACACCUUUAGUUCUAUGAGUUAAUCAAGAAUGGAAUUCUUUUGACUUUUUCUUCGCCUCCUAAGAGUUGGUUUUAUGUCAUGGUUACUUUGUGAGAAAUGAAACACUUCGUGAGAUUCGAGUGUGACAUGUUUUGCCUAACACACCGUGGUUACCACCUGAGCAUGUUGUGCCUGUCCUGCUGAUCUUUAAGCUGUUGUUCCGACAAGAACUUUAUUAAAUACAUAAUUAAAAAUCUGUGUCAUAUAUGACUCUGUCUGUCCUUUUCAUUUGUAGAUAAUGUCAGUGUUGUUUCUGACAAUGUUAUGUAAUAUGUCUGCUACCAGAGAUCUUAAGGUUUAAUAGUGCUUCAAUCGUAGUGGAAGGGGUGGUAAUUGUAUACACUUUAGAGAUCAUGUAAUGUUUGCUUACAUAAAUUUGUGUAUUUUCUUAUACAUAUACAAAUAUACUUUAAGAAUCUUAUUAAUGGCUAAAGUGUAUUUAGAAAAGAAAGAUGUCAUCAUGUUAAAGAAUGUCUUGGUAGUUUUGACAAUAUUUUGACACAUUCAUUCAAUUUACAUUUAAUAUUGUACAAAGAAAAGAGCAAAGUAACAUGUUUGAUUUAAAGUUACAAUAAACUUUUUUUCCUUUGUAUGAUAAUGUAAGCAUAUUUCCUUCUAUCAUUCAUGAAGUUAUUUAUCAAAGCAAGUUGAUUACAUUGUAAUCUUUUAGUAUUUUAAGUUUAUU